GAGAAGAGAUGGAAGAAAGGAGACCGUUACAUAAUUUGCCAAAGAAAAGUUUAAAGCGAGAAUACUGAAAGUUGAAGGGUGGGGGUAGGAGUUGCCAGAGUAGGGAUAGUAGAGAUGGAUAGUGAGAGGGAAAAGGAAAAGUUGGAAGAGGAGAGUAUGAGGUAAAUAUAACAAAUUAAACGAAAGGGGGAGAGAUGAGUAGGAGAGAAUAGGCUGAGUAUAAAAGCGAGAGGAAGAGCUCGUUCGAACAUGGCGUGUUUUGAACGUGUCUUGUCUUUAGCGGGAGUCAAAAGCAGAAGAUUCAUGGGGUCUGGAAUGAGCAAGAUUCUUGAUGGAGUUUACAUUGGAAACUUCUAUGAUUCUAAAGAAGAAAAAGCACAAAAAGAAAAUAGUGUUACUCAUAUUUUAGCUGUUCAUGACAAUGCCAAACCAUUGCUUUCUGAUAAAGUUUACCUGUGUAUCUUUGCCAGUGACAAUCCCCAACAGUGUUUGAGCCAAUAUUUUGAAGAGAGUAUAGACUUCAUUCACAAAGCUAGACAAGAAGGAGGUGGUGUACUUAUUCAUUGUUUGUCAGGAGUAUCACGAAGUGUAACACUCACAGUAGCCUAUAUAAUGACGAUAACAAGCCUGAACUGGAGGGAUUCUAUGAAUGCUAUAAGAGGGGCACGGAACUGUGCUAACCCAAACUAUGGUUUCCAAAGGCAACUGAGAGAAUAUGAAGAGAAUGGGUUGGAAGCUGCUCGGAAACGUUUGAAAGAGAAGUACCCUGACUAUGAUAACAAAAAUGAUGAACAACGCUGUCAGGAGCUUCUGAAAUGUUAUCAACAUUACUUAGCACAUGGAUCCCAGAGUGAUGUUGCUGUCUGGGUAUAUAACCUGAAUGAAGGAAAAAAGACAUCUGAAGAAAGCAAAAGCUCUACAGAUGUUGUGAAGUCAAAAUCCAAUGAAACCUGAAACUAAUUCAUCAUAUUAUUAAAGUCCUUCUCUUAAAACAAUUUAGAAAAUAUAUCAUUUUACUGGGAUCAUGAUUCAAAGGAAGAAAGCUGAUAGAAAUAUCAUUUAUACUCUAUUUAAGUUGUAUUAUGAAAUGUGUUUUAUCGAGUUCUCUUAUGAAACAAUCAGUGAAGUUGCAUUUCUGAUGAAAAAAUUUCUAUUCUUUUCUCAUUUACUAAUAAUUUUAGCUUGAAAUUGGAGUUUGUUUUUUCAAGCUGUUCUUAACAACUUAAGAACUAAAUAGUGUGUUCAAGAUUGAAUAUUGUCUUCCUCAUUACUUAACUCUAACAGUGUCCUGCUCUAAGGUUUCCUUAUCCACAUUGUGUUCAUUGUACUCUUCUGAUACUAAGCAGAGUGGGGUUGUAGGGUCUGAUAUUUCUGCAUUUCUUAUUCUUGAUUGGUGUAACUUAGUCUGUUUUGUGCAUGGUCAGCACAUUCUCAGCACAUUUAUCUUCUGCCUUGACCCAUUUCUCUCAUUAUUUUAUCAGUUGCCUUUAUAUCUGGUACCUGUCAUAAUCAUGUGUGAUACUUUCAACGAUAGUUCAUUCAAUAUUUAUUAAUUUCUAAUUCAUAACAAGCUGCCAAUAAAUUAAAAUCUUGCACUCUCACUAAGUCCCCACUGACUAUUUCUAAUAUUCCUGAAAACCUCUAACAUUGAAGCUGACUGAAUAACAUAUUUCUCCUACUUUCUUCCAUCAUUUCUCAGUUUUCUGCACAUUUUCCACUUGGUUUCACAUGUUGUAAAUUAAUGUAAUAAGUUGAUUGUAUAUAUUUUUUUGAGUAUUUUUAAUGAUGAAUGACCAAAAAUAAUAUAUAGUAUUUAAAAAUGAAUAAAAAUUUAUUUUCACCAUUUAAUGAAAAACAAUAUAUCAUUUAACAGUGUGUGUGUUUUUGCCUGUUAUAGCCUUGUAUCAAAGUUGAGAUUUUGUGAUCCAAAUUCUGGAAAAUGUUAACAUAUAGAUUUUCAGUUCAUCUUGAGAUUAUAUUUUCAUAAAAGUUUAGACUGUUAAAACUGUCAGUUUGAAGAAAACUCAUACAUGUAUGUUUAUUUAGAAAUGGAAAAAUUAUCAUUGUAGCCUUGAGCCAUGGGUGCACACAUAAAGCUGGCAUAUUGCUGUUGAUCUAAUAAAUAGCAUUAAGCAGAUGUGAUAUAAAUCUACUUUUGCAUAAGAUACUAGUCUAUUUAACGUUCCCAAGUCUGAUAACACAUAACACUGAACAAAAACAGAAUGAAAUAUUUUAGAUGAUAUAUGUUUGUAAAGAACAUGGUAUAAUUCAGAAUACCUGAAGCGUAUAUCAUUUAGAUAACUAGUUUAUUACCUGGCUAACAUAUAUGCAAAUAUUAUAUAUACAUUUGAACAGCUAUUAAUGUUAUAUCCUUAUAUAAACUACUGUAUAUAAUAUAUAUAUAUAUAUAUAUAUAUAUAAUAUAUUUGGUGAAGCAAACAGGAAAAAUGGAACUCAAAAUAUAAGUUUGUAUUUUUUUAUUAAUAUUUAGCAGAAGCAACAGAGUGACUCAAGAUCCAAGAGUUUCAUGUACUGACACAUCAAAUAUGUAUAUAAAAUGAUUUAGAUUCAAAGUAAUAUAUUUCUAAUGAGGAACAAUUAUCCUGAAAUAGAUAUGCAAGAGAUUCCUAAUUGUUUUUCUGUUUACUUAAGAGAACAAUAGGAUGUUUUCACAUUUCGAUCUCCACAGCCAAGGUAUUAUGUUUUAGAUCUUUUAAAUAUUUCAGAUUUAAACUAAUAAUGGUCAAUGAACUUCUAGCUCAAAUUUAUCAUAUAUUGACUUAGUAAAAUAAUCCAUAAACUAAGGGCCCUCCUAGCAGUGUUUUCAUUUUGGUCUUUUAUACCCUAAUGAAAAUUGAGACUGCAUUUUCUGCCAUAAACACUUCAGUCUUCAUAAUUAGCCUCUCCUAACUUG